AUGAUAAUGAACAUUGAAACAAUUUCAAUUUUCAAUACGCUAAAUGAUAAUCAAAAGACUUCUCGACGACAAGUUUUAAUGAUGAAUGGAAGUAAAAAAGAGAAAUUUCAUGCAGCCGAUAAACAUCAAUUACCAUCUGAACGGUCAAGAACUUAUUUGCUUACAAUGCUUCCAGUUACUAAAGGUGAUUAUGUUUUUAAUGGGGACGGAGAACAAGAGUGGGAAAUACAAGGAAAUACCAAUGCUGAAUUUAUUAUUUAUGGUGAAAAUCUUGAUGGUGCCCAACUCUCAUUUACAACUCAUUCUGAUUCAUGUCAAUGGGAACGUAAAAAUAAAAUAUAUACUUUAAAAGUAGAUGUACUCGAUCCACAUGAACGUAUGAGUGAACGUGCUUAUAUUAUUCUCAAUUUACCUUAUUAUAAUUCAACUUUAUAUAUGUGUCUAACACCAAGUAAUUCUGAUGAUGUAUUUCAUCAAGGAAAUCGGGCUGGUUUAAAAAUUCGAGUAACUCGUCGUGCUAUACCUGUUUGGACAACAAUUCUUUGUUUAGUAUUUCUUUUAACAUUAUCAGGUCUUUUUUCUGGAUUAAAUCUUGGUUUAAUGUCAUUAACACCACAUGAUUUAAAGGUUAUACAAGAAGCUGGCUCACCAAAUGAUCGUAAAUAUGCUAAACGUAUAUAUCCAGUACGUAAACGUGGUAAUUUUCUUUUAUGUACUAUUUUAUUGGGUAAUGUUUUGGCUAAUUCAACAACAACAAUUUUACUUGAUACAUUAAUUAGUGGUGGAUUAGCUGUUGCUGGUGCAACAUUAGCAAUUGUUAUCUUUGGUGAAAUUAUUCCUCAAGCUAUAUGUUCUCGACAUGGGCUUAAAGUUGGUUCACAAACAAUUUUAUUAACACAAUUCUUUAUGAUUUUAACAUUUCCAAUUUCAUUUCCAUUGAGUAAAUUACUUGAUAUUAUUCUAGGAGAAGAAGUUGGUGCACGUUAUACACGUGAUCAAAUGAGUGCUUUAUUAAAACAUACAAAAACAACCGAUAUUGAAGAUCGUGAAAAGAUCAUUAUGACUGGUGUACUUAGCUUAAAAGCAAAAAAAAUUCGUGAUGUAAUGACAAAUUUAGAAGAUAUUUUUAUGCUUGAAGCAAAUCGUAUUGUUGAUGAUGAUCUUGUUUUAAAUGUUUAUGCUCUUGGUUAUUCAAGAAUACCUGUCUAUGAGCGAGAAAAAGAUAACAUAGUUGGUCUUGUAUAUGCACGUGAUUUUGCUCUACCUGAUACUGAUUCAGGAAAAUUUAUUGUUCAUUUUAAAGAAAAAUAUUUUAAUCAUGUCUUUGUUUAUUUAUUUAUUUUUGCAGAACAAUAUCAUUUAGGUGUUGUUGUUGAAUAUGAUAAUACAAGCGAAAAAGAUCCAAGAGCUAGAGCUGUUGGUAUUGUUACAUUAGAAGAUAUUAUUGAAGAAAUGAUUCAAGAAGAAAUUAUUGAUGAAACAGAUGAAUUUACUGAUAAUCGUACAAAAAAGCGCAAUGUUCUUUCUCAAGCACCUGAUUUUUCCGUUUUUAUUCGUCAAAGUGCAAAUGAAGUAGUAAGUAAAAUUUCGACGCAAAUGAAAGUCGCUGUUUUUCAAUUCCUGUCAACAAGUGUUGAACCUCUCAAAGAAAAAUUUGUUUCAACAAAUAUUUUAGGUCGCUUAUUAAAUGUUGAUCUGUAUAAAGAAUACGAAUAUGAUGAAGAUGAUGCUAAAGCUGGAAAAAUUACAUAUAUAUAUGAAUAUGGUAAACCAGUGGAUUAUUUUGUUCUUAUUGUUAAUGGCAAUGCAGAAUUAGAAACAGGAAAAGAGAAAAUUGUUAGCGAAAUCGGUCCAUUCAAUUUUUUUGGUGUUAGUGCACUUUAUAAUCCUGAUGAAAAACUUGAUGAUCUGAUACGUUCAAAAUCUAAUAGAUUUCGUCCAUUUAUACCUGAUUUCAGUUUACGUGUUAGUGAAGAUGUACAAAUUUUACGUAUACGUCGUGUUCAUUGGUUAGCUGCUGUACGUGCAACUUAUUUUGAAAAAAGACAAACAGCUAAUGGUGAUGCACCAAUGCUUGAUGCCGAUGGUGAACAAAUCGAUUUAUUAAUACAAGAAUUAGAAAAAGUUGAUCAUGUCGAUCCAUCGAAUAUUAAUAGUUGUGUUACUGGAGAAACAGCACAUGAACGAACGUCGUCAUCAGCAUUAACAAUAGCAUCAGAUGGUGGUAUUGAACAUGAAAAAUUAUUAACAGAACGUCAAACAUCGAGUAGUUUACAUAAUUCAAGUAAAAUAUUACCCGAUAGUCCAAUGAAUUCUGGUAGAAAUACACCAACAUUAAUAGACAAACAACGGCAAAAAAUAUUUCGUUCAGCUACGAGUGCAACACCACCACCACCAUCAUUAUCUAAUGAAAGUCCAUCAUCAAUAAAUCGUUCAUUGACUUAG